AUGGCCUCUAUCAUCUCGCCUCUACUCGAAAUCCCUACUGUCACAGCUCUUCAGCUGGUCUCAUCCUUGCGCAUACCCCUCGCCUCCGGUACUUUGACUCUCACUCAUCCACCUUCCACCUCCGCCUUGAAUGAAUCACUCACGAAUAACACUACCACCGAUACUAUUACGAUCAAUGAACCCAUUCUUCUCUUAACAAUUGAUAAGAUAACUAUCCCUUUGCCUCCUACCACUGUCGCUGUUAGCACGACGGACCACUCCCAAUACCUCCUCGCCACACCACUCUCCAGCUCCGACACAGGAUUUAUCCACCUUUCUCUCCCUUCUCUACCCACUCUUUCGCCACUAGGGAUCAAGCUCACAUCUUUACUUCUCUCCCACGGAUUUCUCAAAAACUCACAGGUUGAGGACGAGGAUGAUCUUGUUUCUGCGCUUCAGAUCGCGCUCGGUGGAGGGGUGAACGAGAAACAGGAAGAGGUGAAAUUCUCUGAAACAACAAAAAGUAUAGCGAGCGGGGCUGUAGAAGGCAGUGCAAAGAUUGCGGAGCUUUCAGGAAUGGUUGCCAGCGCGGUGAGUAAUGCGACAUUUGAGGCUGGGAGGUGGGUUGGCGAGAAGAUCGGCGUGGCAACUGGAGGUAUCGACGCAGGGAGUGGAGAGAAGGGAGAGAAAUGGCCAGUGAGAAAGGUUGUCGAUGAAGGGAUGGAAACCACUGCGAAUACCGCUGGAAAGGUUGGAAACAGUGUUGCAAAUACAUCAGCCGCAAUCGGAGAUAGUGUUUCCAAAAGCGCAGAAGAUAGAUAUGGAGGGGAAGCCAAAGAACUAGUUGAACAGUCAAGAGAGACUGUGGGAAACGUAGGGAAGGUUGCGGUUAAUGCAGUUUUAGGAACAAGUGUAGUUUGGCAAGCAGGAGAGGCAGCGGUUGGGGCCGUGAAGGCGGGACAGGUGAAAGAUAAAGAGUCGGAGAAGGGGGAUGUGAAAGAUGGCAUGGAGGAUGUGAAGAUUUAG